AGUCAAAGGAAAUCAGCGCUCAGCUUCGACUUCAACCAUCUGACUCUAUCGACCAUCCUCGCUGUGCUACUUUGUCUUUCAACUUCCUUUAAAAUCCUACUUUGAAAGUGAAAAUCACCAUAAGAUCGAAAUGUCUGCUACAUCUACGCCCGCCGAUUCUCCUGUCUCUGCUCCCAUUCAGCCAAUGCACAAUCCCUCGCAAGCUGCUCACGUCGUCGUCCCACAAGCACCUCUUGGAAAUGUUGCAAAUGGUGUCAACAACGCCAAACCUGGAAUGGGUAUGAAGGCCCUAUUGGCGAAAAAGAUGGCGAAGAGCAACAAUCCCAAAUUUGUCUCACCAACGGACAACUUGAUGACACCUGUUACGCAGAAGCUGAAUGCUGCGAAGCAGAAACACUUUCACAAAGUACCCCUCUUCCCAGCCAAAGAGUCGCAUUCGUUAGAGCAAGAGGAUCACAGUCAAAGUGACACAGAACCUACAAAAGACACGUCUUCAGAAGUACCAAUGGAAGAAGAUGAGAAUCCCUUCUAAGACAGAACCCAGUUGGCCCAAUUGGGCAUCUCCACGAUACCCUCACGUUGUUUGUUGUAUUACGCUCAUGCCUGUGUCGCUAAAUCUUGCUUGCCUGUGUAGUGUCUAGUGGUGUUGUAGGAUGUUCCCACGAUUUGCUGUAGUGUUACGCGUCGCUGGCUAGUAUGUAUCUUAUCAUACGGAU